AUGGGCUCUCCAAAAGAACACCUUCCGUUGGACAUUUCCGAGGACACCAUUCGGGCCCUAAUUGCAUUCCUCGACCUGCCAGCGCCACAGUCGGUAUCGACUUUGUCUACUACGGCAGAGUACCAUUCGAUUUAUGUUAUUUCAUUUGCUCCAGAAGAGGUGGCUGCUGUUUUUCCAACCCUUCCACAGUCUAACAAGCAGUGUGUUGAGCUUAUCCUGCGAGUGUCUGGCCACCAUCUACCCCGCAUUAAAACCAUCAACGAAGUCGCAGUAAUGACUUGGGUGCGACAGAAUACACACUUGCCCGUAGCCGAAGUUAUACGUUACGAUGCCAGUACCAAUAAUCCAUUGGGCCAUGAAUUCACUCUUCUACAGCGAGUUCCUGGCGUCCCAGUUAGCGAGAUUUAUGACCGGCUCCCACCACAACUGCUGGAGGGUCUUAUCAAUCAGAUGGUAGAAAUCAUACAUCAAUUGCAUGCGAUCUCUUGGGAUUGUGUGUCGGGUCUUCAGUUUGAUGAUGACGGGCGUGUAGUCCCGGGACCUAUAGUGGAGGAAACGUUCUGGCAACAGCCUGAUGUGGCCAAAUACUGGCCUGAUACGGAGUCGGUGCAAUCUCUCAAUAUUUGUGGCCCUUACAAAUACUAUACCGAUUACAUAGCCGCGAUGGUGCGUGUUUAUCAACAUGCCAUUCGUCUUCAUCCAUCGUUGGCAGAUAUGCGAGAUCUUCUACCGCGUCUUGAUGCUUUUGUAAAGGUCCUGUCCGAUUUUCCCGAGCUCAAUAACACCAGGUAUUUCCUUGCGCACAAAGAUUUACACUUUGCAAAUAUCUUGGCAUUUCUCUGGAAUGGUCAAUACUCCGAAGGGGCCAUGGAAGAGAAAGAUCGUGUUAGCACCUUGUUUGCAGAACGCUGUGCCGCUCUUGGAUUAAUCUCGCUGAUAGAGGAGACAAAGCCAAGCUCGGCGGUGCAGGCAGCGAUGCAAGAGGCGAUUAAUUACCUGCGUGCAAUCGUAGAAGUGCGCCCGCGGGGUCAAAAGGAAGAAAGGAUACCUAGCUGGCGUGCCACUCUAGAGGCCCAGCUCAAGAUUCUAGGUAUUUGA